ACUAAAAGUUGUUAUUAUUGGACUAUUUGAUCUAAAUAUGAAGAUGUCUUAAACAGAAAUUGUAUUUUCAAGACACGGGCUAUUAGUAAAAUUAAUAGUUGGGUUGGAAUCUUUUUGAUAUAUAACAAAGAGUAUCUGGUGGAGCCUUAAAUCUGCGCUAUUGAAGUCCUCUAUACAAAUCUCGCUCUUCUUAUCCUCUUUCAUCUAUUUCCUCCUUUGAUCAAACUACACCAUGUCUCUCCUAAAUGAUCUCAUUAACCUUAAUCUUUCUGAGACUACCGAUAAGAUUAUCGCUGAAUACAUAUGGAUCGGAGGAUCUGGCUUGGAUAUGAGAAGCAAAGCAAGGACUCUACCGGGACCAGUGAGCGAUCCAGCAGAAUUGCCGAAAUGGAAUUACGACGGAUCAAGUACCAACCAAGCCCCUGGUGACGACAGUGAAGUCAUCAUUUACCCUCAAGCAAUAUUCAAGGAUCCAUUUAGAAGAGGAAACAAUAUCUUGGUGAUGUGUGAUGCAUACACCCCGGCUGGAGAACCAAUUCCAACAAACAAGAGGUUCAAUGCUAACAAGAUCUUUAGCCAUCCCGACGUCGUCGCUGAGGAGCCGUGGUAUGGCAUUGAACAAGAGUACACACUCCUCCAGAAGGAUAUCAACUGGCCUCUUGGAUGGCCAGUUGGUGGCUUCCCUGGUCCUCAGGGGCCUUACUAUUGUGGUGUAGGGGCUGAUAAAUCGUUUGGCCGAGACAUUGUGGAUGCUCAUUAUAAGGCAUGUCUCUAUGCUGGUAUCAAUAUCAGUGGAAUUAAUGGUGAAGUUAUGCCUGGACAGUGGGAAUUCCAAGUUGGUCCUACUAUUGGAAUUUCGUCUGGGGAUCAAGUCUGGGUUGCAAGAUACAUUCUAGAGAGAAUUGCUGAAAUUGCUGGAGCCAUAGUUUCUUUUGACCCUAAACCAGUGAAGGGUGACUGGAAUGGUGCUGGUGCUCACACUAACUACAGCACUAAGUCGAUGAGGAAUGAUGGUGGGAUCGAUGUGAUCAAGAAAGCGAUUGAGAAGUUGAGCCUCCGCCACAAGGAGCACAUUUCCUCUUAUGGAGAGGGCAACGAGAGAAGACUCACUGGUCGUCAUGAGACAGCUGAUAUCGGCACUUUCUCUUGGGGCGUUGCAAAUAGGGGUGCUUCAGUUCGUGUUGGUCGUGACACCGAGAAAGCGGGCAAAGGUUACUUUGAAGACAGAAGGCCAGCUUCAAACAUGGAUCCUUAUGUGGUGACCUCCAUGAUUGCUGAAACAACUAUCCUCUGGAAGCCUUGAUUUUAACAUUGAGACAAAUUCAUUUCAGCAAUUUAAGAUUGUGUUAAUUUGAAUUUGGAAUUUCUUGGGUGUUGCAUUUGUGAUUUUAGGUUACCUUUGGAGGUGAAUAUAGUACUGCAUUACUUUCUCUUAUUUUUAUCUAUGUUUACAAUUUCUUUUGAUUUGCA